AAAUGUAAUAAGAAUUUGUGCUUUUCUCUAGAAAUUAGAUUUUCUGGGAUAUAAUCUUAACCAAUUUAAAACCCUGAUUUGAACCUUAUAAUAUUUCUGCACGAGAACUGUGUGUACAUGUACACCAAGUGAAUAUUUAAUCAACAAGAGAUAUCAAAAUCGGGAUCAAACUAGAAAAAAUACAGAAUAGGAUAUAGGUGUUGAUGUGUUUUUUGUUAUGAGGAGGUUGCUGGUGCGUCUGAUAAGUAAUUCUAUACACAAAGUGUUUAUCAUCUUCGGAUGUGCUGGGGUCAGACGAAGAAUGGAGUUUGGAGUUUUUAGACGACGACUAGGUGAGGCAAAUCACAAGGAUGAUAUGAAAAACAGUCAUGUUGGGGAUAUGGAAGUGGAAUCAGACAAGGAGAACCAAUUCAAGAAAUCUUGUUAUAAGAAGCGAUGUUUGGUGGUUGUUUUCCUGGUGAUGAUGAUUAUAGGAGCUAACUACAUUGGAAUUGGAUCUAUACUUCGUUUUAUUGGCGUAUCGAGUAAUCUGGCCCUUGGGAAUUCGGUUACCAAAGGGAGAUUAGUCACAACUGGUGCUGUGGCCGCCGACAGUCCCGAAUGCUCUCAAAUAGGCAGGGACAUAUUACUGCGCCAUGGAUCUGCUGUAGAUUCGGCUAUCGCCACGUUACUCUGCAGUCAUAAUACCCAUCCCCAUAGUUCAGGAAUUGGAGGAGGUGCUACAAUGGUUAUUUAUGAUCCGAAAGAAAACAAAACUGUAGCAAUAAAUGGUAAGGUCGUUGCCCCAUCUAAAGGCACCCAUGAUACAGUAAGAUCGAAGUUUCUUUCCGUAGGUCCUCUGUCCAUUGGAAUACCUGGCGAGAUAAGGGGAUACUGGGAAGCUCACCAAAGAUACGGUAAAUUACCGUGGAAAGAGUUAUUUGCCCCUAGUAUUGCUAUGUUAGAGAAGGGCGUGGGCAUGACGGAAGAUGGUGUUAAAAGUUUAAAGUACAUACAGUAUAAACAAUCACUACCUAAAUAUAAUCAGACAUUAGAGGAAUAUUUCCCAGAUUUGAGAAAUAUAUUCUGUCAUGAAAAUGGUGAAGUUAGACAAGAAGGGGAAGUAAUCCAUCGAUUGACAUAUCUACAAACGUUAAGAAAAAUAGCUAAACACGGAGCUGAUUAUUUAUAUAGUGGUAACGGGGCUAAAUUACUGAUAUCAGAUUUACAGAAAGAAGGCUCUAUAUUGACCCGGGAGGAUUUAAAGAAUUAUCAGCCACUUAUUAUUGAAACCAUUAAAGAAGAAAUUGCUGACGGCCUUGUUUUACAUACGGCUGGAGAUCACGGCGGUGGUUUAUUAUUGGUUUUUAUAUUGAAAAUACUAAAAGGUUAUAACAUCACACGUGAAAGUUUUAGUGUCGAAAACGAAGUAAAGACCUACCAUUUACUGACAGAAAUAUUUAAAUUUUCCAGCGCUAUAAACUAUGCUAUAGGUGAUGCUAGAUUCAUUAAAGACAUGGAUAAAAAAAUAAAAUACUUUUACAGUGAAGAAUUCAUUCGAAGUGUGCGAAAUUUUAUAGAUCACACCAAAACUCAAUCUGAUGAACUUUAUGAGAAAUUUGUGAAUGGGAGCAAUGGGACGGGUGUAGAAAAGGGAACCAGCCAUGUAUCUGUUCUGGGUCCGGAUGGCGAUGCAGUGUCGAUAACCAGUACUAUUAAUCAUUAUUAUGGGUCUUUAGUUUACUCUAAAAGCACUGGGAUAAUAUUAAACAACGGAAUGAAUUCGUUCUUUUCCAACGGACAGCCGUAUAAUCAAAUAGAGUCUGGAAAGAUGGCAACGGGAGGAUCAGCACCUUCUCUCUUUUUUAAAAAUGGCGAUAUUGCCCUGGUAAUAGGAAGUUCCGGCGGUGAUAGAAUUGCGGCAUCCAUAGCCACGGUGGUUAUGGGACUAUUUUCUUUAAAUAAAACAUUAGCAGAAGCAAUUAAAACCAAAAGAUAUUUUUAUGACAUUAGAAAGUUAAUGCUUGUGCACGAAGCAGAUUUUCCAGAGCACAUAUUAAAUCAACUUAAAGAUGACUAUGGCCAUCCUCUGCUGCCGAGAACAAAUCUAAUAUCUGCCGUCCAAGCCAUAUAUAAAGACCCAACAACAGGAAAGAUAAUUGCUCAUUCUGAUGAAAGAAAACAAGGAAAGGCGUGUCUAGUUAAACAAAUUGUUUUAUCAGAUAAUAUUUUAUAG